UCCUCCACAUCUCCACCUAAACCAAUAUUAUCUCAACACACCAUAUCAGUACCAUCCUCUCUCAUUCAUCAUCACCUAAAAACUUGCAGAAAUAAGCUAGUUGAGUUGGAAGAUCUGAGAAAAAGAGAAGACAAUGGCCUCUACUUCAGCGGUUUUGGCACCAAUGCCACUAACUUCGGCAACCCAAAAGAGGUUGCCAAGCUCCGAUGCCUUCAUUAAGCCAUUGCCAGUCAGGUCCUCAAAGGCGAUGGGGGGAUCAAGGUCCAUGGGAGGAAGGUUUCAAGUGAAGGCUUCGCUGAAGGAGAAGGCGGUGACAGGAUUGACAGCAGCCGCACUGACGGCUUCCAUGGUGAUUCCGGAGGCGGCCCAGGCUGCGUCCGGUGUUUCCCCGUCUCUCAAGAACUUCUUGCUCAGCAUCGUUGCUGGUGGAAUUGUGCUUGGUGCAAUUGUUGGUGCUGUGAUUGGUGUGUCCAACUUCGAUCCUGUCAAGCGGAGUUGAACCAUAAUAGCUUUGAAAUGUGCUUAUGAACCAACCCCUUUUAUUUCUUCUUCAUGCAUCUGUAGAAUGUUUGUUGUAAUGAUCUGUGCUCAAGUGUAACUCUCUUGUCAGCAAUGCAUUGUUUUCUGUUGACUAAAUAUUUCCUAUACAAGUGCCAAUAAAAGGAAUUCUGGUAA